GGGGGGACAUUUGGAGUGAUGGUGUUUGUCUUCCCAAGUAACUGUUACGUGUGAGGAAGCCCUGCUUUCCUGGAGACGGCUGAACACUUGCCUUCCCCUGGGAAGUGCUGAACGAAACUGAAAGAGUGAAAGUAACCACAGACAACCCGACAGCUCUCGACUGGUGAGCAAGAGGCCUUCAUCUGAAAUCCUCCCCACGAUGCUGUUGCUGCUGCAAGUCUUGGUGAGCUGCAUCUGGCUGGGACACAGUGAGGUGGUGACAUCCUUCGAAAGUUCAUGCCCUCAGUUCUUCUUCCAGAACACUCCCCCAGAUAAAGCCCUGGAUCCGGACAACUCAGCCCAUAUCUGCCAGCGUUACAUGAACCAGUAUUACUAUGCCACCCUGUAUGACAGGAAGAAGCGUAUUCCCGUAUACUCGGCUUACAUCUACAACCCUAAAUCCAGCAAAAGACCUAAUAAAUGGCUGGUCGAGCCCCAGCUGAUAGGUCUAGAAUAUCCCAAAGACAUGAAAAAUGAGAGCACCCUCUUAGAAGAAUAUAACGUCACCUUAGAGCAACUCAGCGAGAGCCAGGCCAUCCUCCAAGACUACAAGAACCUGAUGGGUUUGAGCCGUGGCCAUUUGAAUCCCAGCAGCCAUCAACCCAACUUCAGAAGCAGGACGGCUACCUUCACCCUCACCAACAUAGUGCCCCAGGAUGCGAAACUCAACGAAGGUGCCUGGAAAAUAUAUGAGCAGAAAACAAUGAUGAGCCUGACCAGGGGCUGUAACACCACCUACGUUGUCGUGGGCGCUGUGCCUGGGAACAACUAUAUUGCCAGCGGGAGGGUUAAUAAACCCAGCUACAUCUGGUCGGGUGCCUGCUGCAAGGUGGACACCAUCCACACGGAGUCUUGGAAGUCUUGGGCAGUCAUUGCUGAGAACGACAGGGAUGCGGUCCAGAGCCUCACACUGGGGGAGCUGGAGACCAGGUUGGCCCAGCUCUACAAUAAAAACCAGGUUUUUCUGUUUCAUAGGAGCUGUCCUCGGAGCUAAGCCCUGCUUCACAUCCUGCACUUAAAAGGCUUGGGAGCCUUCACCAGUAGCAGCAUCACCAUGUGUCCUGUGCAGCAUCUGUCCUGCUUCCUUCUCUAGCAGUUUUCCAGUUCUGUCUCUCAGAACACCUUCUCCUCUGAUAAAAGGGAGAAAGAGGUCAGCAGAGCCUUCAGCUGGUUUACUUUGCUGCCCACCCUUGGAGGGAGGUCUCAGGGAGGAGCCCUUGCCCUGGCCAUUCUGGAGGGGCAGGUUGGAUAACAGCCCGGGGGCAAGGAAAUCAGAGCUUGUUGCUGAGACUAGCGGGGCUUUGCCUUUUUCUCCCUUUUUCUCUACACCCAUAUACAGAUCAUAGUUCCUUCCUCUCCUUGUUAGAUAUCACUGAUAAUGUGCUGUUGACUUGUCCCUCUCCUCCUCAGGAAGGGUGUGGGUCUAGGGUGGCUCUGGCUGCCCAGAGAGGUUGUGGGGUCUCCAUCUCUGGAGGCAGCCAAAACCUAACUGGACACAGCCCUGGACAACCUGCUCUAGCUGACACUGCUUGAGCUGGGGUCUGGACUAGAAGACCCUCCCAACCUCAAUGAUUCAGUGAUUCUGCGAUGCAUCCUGGGGCUAGGAAAGCAAAGAGCCCAAGGAUUGCUGAAAGUCUCUAAGGACUAUCCUAUGAAUCUAUUCUGGCCAACACAGUCAAUGACCACAGCGAAGGAUAAAGGGAGAGAGGAAGAUGGAAAGAAGGAACACAGCUAAGCAUAGGAGGAACAUCCCAGCUCUCUUGAAGUCUGUAGAUAGGUAAAACAAGGAGAAGGAAGGAAAUAACCUAUGUUCAUCACAAGGAUCCCUAUCCCUGAACUUACAUGAAGAUUGUGAUUAUGCAAUUUUACUAGCAGGCUUUUGUUUGCUUGCUUUCAGACCAUGCACCCUGAGAGCAGGAUCUGAGUAUCAGACAGCCAGGCUCAGAGAUCAGAUAUACAGUGGGCUUUGACCAGUCAAAGAUAAAUUUCUGUGAUACACUGGUUGGAUAAUUUCAUUCUCUGCUCUGCUUCUGAAUCUUUUCUGCAGAUUUAUGUAUAAGUGCUUUUGUGAAAUAGA